AUGGAUGACAACAGAGAUGUCAUCAACCUCGGGGAGGCGUCGUUUGAGUUCGUGUGGUGGCUCGGCCUCCUCAUUGCUGCCGCAGCGAUCGGCGUUGUCACAGGGGUUGUGCAGGCCAUCAUGCACUGGUGUCGCGCCCGCAGGCGCCGCGCCGAGGACGCGGUGCGAAGCAACGAAAUCGAGAAGAGCAUCUGUCUCAUGACGGCCCGUCUGUACCGCACACGCCAGCUGUGGCAGGCACACCAAGUACGCGCCACUCAGCAGCAGCAGCAGCAGCAAUCUUCUCCAGAGCAGCUCGGCCACAACUCCCUGAGGGUAGCCGUGGUCAAACAUCCUAUAUUCCCCGACCAAGAGCUUCAAGUGCACGGCUCUUUACAUGAGGCAUCUUUCGGAGACGAUGAGGUGUUGCACACCUCGAGGACCGCAGUGCUAUCGUCUUUUCACUUUCAUCACUAUCAGCCGCCCCUGAGUUAUCAGAACCCUCUGCAGAAAGCAUCAGUGACAUCGAGCUCUCAGUGCAGUGUAGCUGGUGGCGGAGACUUGCUGACCAAGUCUGUGUCAGACUCACUCAUGUCACGGUUUUCCUCAGUGUAUGAGAUGAAGAGGGUCGUAUCGAAGGAAUCCUUGCCACGUAGCGCUAGACCAGCUUUGUCGCUUCCAUCCCCGCCAUCUACCCGGGUGUUUGCUGGAAUCAUCAAGGUAGGUGCUUUGCGUCGAGCACUGCGCUCUCCCCAGCUACACGUAGAAUCGUCGACACCACCCUUGUUGCCGACCUCGACACGGUGUCUGUCCCGCCCGUCAUUCAUGCUAGCGACGUCAAGCUCAUGCAAGGAUUUGUGGCACUACCAAGGCAUUUCAUCUUUCCAGCUCCCUAUCUUCCUGGGUGCGGAGUCGGACGAGUCUGUAUUGAACAAGAGCAGUGUGGAGACAGUGUCGGUACAUGGUCCCGGGGGCAGGGCACCAUCACCACGCGGCACAACUGACAGCUUCAUUGAGCAGAGUAAUGAUAGACUGGCACGGCGCACAGGUGUUGCGGAGACAAGCAGACAUGCCGAUGCCACCAUUCAUGGCGAGGAAAUGGAUGGGCAAGCCGCAGUGCAAGUGCAGCAGCAGAGUGGUUAUCGACGUGCCACGGAGAGGCUCCGGCUUGUUCUGCCUUCGCUGACGUCGCCGUCAGGUCCCCACCGCGGCUGUAAGAGUGAUGUCACGGCAAUGCGUCAUAGUUCGGUAGCAGAGGCUGACCGAGACGACUGCGCAGCAGGGAGCACUUGUACUGUUCCCCCAGCCGCACAGACAGAGCACCCUUUUCCUGAGACCUCAGCUGUCACCCUUACCAAAGGCGGUGGCUCAUCCUUUGAUAAGUCGCUUGUCGAUUGCACUGCAGGACCACAGGGGCGCUUCACCCCCAGUAGCUUCAAGGGGAUGAAGAGCUUGGACAGCCGCCCACCUCUGCAUGCGUUCCUGCGCCCCCACAACUUCACACUGGGAGACGCAACACUCCCUAGUGACACGUUUUUCUCCUCCUCUACGCACCUCAAAGCCACUGCAAACUUCUCGCCACCUCAAGCGUUUCUCCACUCGGCUCACCCACAGCGCUUUAUGGCAGCACCGCAGCGAACCGCCGCAUCACCACCCUCAUCACUGCCACCGGAGCCCGUGCUGAGUGCCCCGGCAGAAAGUGCACUUGAUGGAACAGCAGACUACUGGCGAAUGCUCGACGUACGAAUUACUCGCCCCCCCGUAACACCGCGAUUGGCCUGA